AUUGUAGGAGACAAUGCACCGUAUAAUUGUGUUUAUUAUAUGCACUGUUUUGAAAUGUACAGUCAAUGGGUGUCCACUUGUAUGUAGCUGCACGGCCACGACGGUUGAUUGCAAUAAUAAAAAUCUAGCAACAGUGCCGUCUGAAAUUCCCAAUUCGACACCCGUAUUAGAUUUGCAAAACAAUCAUUUAACUACAAUACAACAAGGAGCAUUUUCAAACCUACCAGCAGUAACAGAUCUAUAUUUGCAAAACAAUCAAUUAACUACAAUACAGCAAGGAGCAUUUCAAGACCUAAUAGCGCUUAACACCCUAAGUUUGAAUGGAAACAAUCUGACAUUUGUCAGGGAAGACACUUUUGAAAAUCUCACUAACUAA